UUCUUGAACUCCAAAAUACCUAAAUCUGUCGCAAAAAUGGCCGCCACCAAGAACAAGUAUUCGGUCAUCCUGCCCACCUAUAAUGAACGCCGGAACCUCCCUAUUAUCACCUGGCUGAUCCAGAAGACCUUCAAAGAGAACAACCUCGAUUGGGAAGUUAUUAUCGUUGACGAUGGCUCCCCUGACGGUACCCUCGAGAUCGGCAAGCAGCUCCAGCGCCUCUAUGGCCCCGAACACAUUGUCCUCAAGCCCCGCCAGGGUAAGCUCGGUCUGGGCACCGCGUACGUUCACGGCCUGCAGUUUGCUACUGGUAACUUCAUUAUCAUCAUGGACGCCGAUUUCAGCCACCACCCCAAGUUCAUCCCCGAGAUGAUCAGAAUCCAGAAGGAGUCGGACGCGGACAUUGUCACCGGCACGCGGUAUGCCAACCGUGGAGAUAUCAAGGGUGGUGUUUACGGCUGGGAUCUCUUCCGCAAGUUCACUUCGCGCACGGCCAACCUGAUUGCCGACGUCAUGUUGAUGCCCGGUGUCAGCGAUCUGACGGGUAGCUUCCGUCUUUACAAGAAGCAGGUGUUGGAGAAAGUCAUUACCAGCACUCAGAGCAAGGGUUACAGCUUCCAGAUGGAGAUGAUGGUUCGCGCCAAGGCCAUGGGCUACAAGGUUCAGGAGUGCCCUAUUACCUUUGUGGAUCGCCUCUAUGGCGAGAGCAAGCUCGGCGGAUCCGAGAUUGUCGAAUACCUCAAGGGCGUGAUGACCCUGUGGCUGAAGGUUUAA